CCCGGCCCGCCUCUUCCUGCCGGAGGAGCCGCUGGGAGCGGCAGAUACAAAGCCCGGCCGGGCGGGCGGCGGGAGCCGGAUGGCGGGGCCCAGGCCCGAGGCCAGGGCGAUGGGCGCAGGCGGCUCUGCACAGGUGCCGGUGGUGUUUGAGGACGUGGCGGUCUAUUUCUCCCCGGAGGAGUGGGCGGAGUUAGCCAAAUGGCAGAGGGAGCUGUACCGGGACGUGAUGAAGGAGAAUUACGAGCUGGUGGCUUCAUUGGGGCAUCCUGUUGUCAAACCUGAGAUCAUCUGCCAGAUGGAGCGAGGGGAAGAGCCUUGUGUGGAGGGUCCCUGGGGCUGGGAAGAGAGAAGCACAACCCAGAAACCCUGCUCAGCAGAUGGUGAGAUGAAGGAUGACGAUGAGGAAGGUUCUAGAACCCUGGAUCUUCCCAAGACAUCCCCAGAACAGACUGGAGGGGACCUCCACCAGCACUCAAGGAAAAAGCAAAGAUACAAAAGUCAGAGCAAAUCACAAAAGCAGCAGAGAAAUAUUAUGCAGGAAAAACUCAUGCCCCUCCUCAGGCCCCAGAGACACAGAGCCAGCCGGCAGGGGCGGACACGCCUGACUGCCCAGCAGGGAGAGCCCACGGGGAGGAAACCAUUCUCGUGCCCGGAAUGCGGAAGGAGCUGUAUGACGAAGGGCAACCUCAAAAUACACCAGCGAGUGCACACAGGGGAGGGGCUGUUUCCCUGCAGCCAGUGCGGGAAAUGCUUCACCACCAAGGGCAACCUCAAAAUGCACCAGCGCAUGCACAGUGGGGAGCGGCCCUUCGUGUGCACCGAGUGCGGAAAGAGCUUCAUCGCCCCGGGCAACCUCAAAAUGCACCAGCGCCUGCACAGCGGGGAGAGGCUGUUCCUGUGCACUGAGUGUGGGAAACGUUUCACCAGGAAAGACAUCCUCAAACUGCACCAGAGGGUGCACACGGGGGAGCGGCCUUUCCAGUGCACGGAGUGUGGGAAGAGCUUCACUCAGAAGGUGAAUCUCCUGACACACCAGCGGUGCCACACAGGGGAGCGCCCGUUCGCCUGCUGUCAGUGUGGGAAGAGCUUUGCCCAGAAGGGCACGCUCAACACGCACCAGAAGAGCCACGUGCGUGAGUGGCACUUUGCAUGUGCUGAGUGCAAGGAGAGAUUUGCCUCCAACAGGGACCUCACGAUGCACCAGAGGAUCCACACCAGGCAGCGCUCAUACAUGUGCAGCCAGUGUGGGAAAUGCUUCACGCAGCCGGGCAACCUCCUGACGCACCAGCGAGUGCACACGGGGGAACGGCCGUUCACCUGCACCCAGUGCGAGAAAAGCUUCACCACCAAGGGCAACCUCAAAAUGCACCAGUGGAUCCACACGGGGGAGCGGCCCUUCACAUGCACCGAGUGUGGAAAGGGCUUCAUCGCCCAGGCCACCCUCAAAAUGCACCAGCGCUUGCACAGCGGGGAGCUGCCCUUCGUGUGCACCGAGUGCGGCCAGGGCUUCGUUCAGAACGAAUUUCUGAAGCUGCACAAGAGGCUGCACACGGGAGAACAUCAGUUCCCCUGCCCCGAAUGCGGGAAGUGCUUCAUCAGCAAGGCCGUUCUGAAGGUGCACAGCAGGACACACGGCAGGGAGCAGCUGUUCCCGUGCACUGAGUGUGGGAAACGUUUCACCAGGAAAGACAACCUCAAACUGCACCAGAGGGUGCACAUGGGGGAGCGGCCUUUCCAGUGUGCAGAGUGUGGGAAGAGCUUCACUCAGAAGGUGAAUCUCCUGACCCACCAGCGGCGCCACACGGGGGAGCGCCCGUUCACCUGCUGUCAGUGCGGGAAGAGCUUCGCCAAGAAGGGCACGCUCAACAUGCACCAGAAAAGCCACGUGCGUGAGAAGCUCUUUGCAUGUGCUGAGUGCAAGGAGAGAUUUGCCUCCACCAGGGACCUCACGAUGCACCAGAGGAUCCACACCAGGCAGCGCUCAUACGUGUGCAGCCAGUGUGGGAAAUGCUUCACGCAGCCGGGCAACCUCCUGACGCACCAGCGAGUGCACACGGGGGAACGGCCGUUCACCUGCACCCAGUGCGAGAAAAGCUUCACCACCAAGAGCAACCUCAAAAUGCACCAGCGGAUCCACACAGGGGAGCGGCCCUUCACUUGCACCGAGUGCGGGAAGCGCUUCACUGUCAAGGGGACGCUGCAAAAACACCAGAGUGUCCACACGAGGUGGAAGCAGCUCGUGUGUGCCAGCCCGAAGCUGGAAGGGCUUUCCCAGCCUGUACUCCAGCAAACUGCAGCCAUGCGCCGGAGAGGCCACAUCAGUGCACGCAAGAAACGCGCAGCGCGACACCACUACUACGAGCUGUCCAAGGAGAGAGCGAGAGCAGCCAAGGCUCUGGCAGCUACUGCAGAGCAGCCAGUCAAAGACAAGCCAUCGGAGGAGGCGUUCGACAUGUGCUGGCUCCCUCUGCCUGGGGAGGUGAAGGCGGAGCAGGACUAUGAGUGCACGAGGCGUGGGGAGAGCUUCCACCAGCGGGCCGAGCGGCUGGCCCACAAGAAGACCCAGGAGCAGAAAGUGCUGUUGAUUUGCACGGAGUGUGGCCGGAGCUUCUCCUGCCCCAACAGCUUCAUGCUGCACCAGCGCGUGCACAGCGGGGAGACGCUGCAGAAGCCCUACGUCUGCCCGCAGUGUGGCCGCACCUUCAGCUACAAGACCAGCCUGGGGGUGCACCUGCGUGCCCACACGGGCGAGCGCCCCUUCAUGUGUCCCUCCUGCAGGAAGAGCUUCAAGAAUAAGACCUACCUGGUGGUGCACCAGCGCGUGCAUACCGGCGUGCGGCCGUACGCGUGCGCCGAGUGCAGCAAGAGUUUCCUGCAGAAGCGAGACCUGACGGUGCACCAGCGCGUGCACAGCAAGGAGAGCCCCUUCCUCUGCUCCGAGUGCGGCCGGCGCUUCCGCUACAAGUCGAGCCUGGCCAUCCAUCAGCGCACGCACACGGGCGAGCGCCCCUUCCCCUGCUCCGAGUGCGGCCGGCAUUUCAAGUACAAGACCAACCUACUGAUCCACCAGCGCGUGCACACCGGCGAGCGCCCCUACCCCUGCCCACAGUGCAGCAAGAGCUUCACCUGCAGCACCAACCUCAUCAUGCACCAGAUCACCCACGACAGGCUGGGCGCCCGGCAGCAGGAGGGGCCACGGGGGCCGCCGGCAGCCAGGCGGCGGGAGAGGGAGAGAGCCCGCACGGCCGACCAGCCCUUCGUGUGUGCCAAGUGUGGCAAAGGAUUCAAGAAGCACGGCUUCCUUAUCAUCCACCAGCGGACCCAUUGCCCAGCGCCUGCCGGAGCUAGCGCAGAGCAGGCAGCCAGGCCAGGGAAAGCCACGUGCCCCCCGCCACACCCAGCCCUUGCUCUGGCCAGGGAGUGGCUUGGAGCACAGGGCACCAAGGGAGCGUCUGACCACGCGAGGUGCUAGCCACAGCGGUGGGCUGGGCCUGCCUGCUGUGUGCUCUACUGCAGGCUGGUGUGACUGGGCCCAGCCUCUCCCUGAGCCUUGGGCAUGGUGCCCCACACUAACUUCAGUGUGCUCUGAAAUAAACCGUUCCCCACA